CUUUCAGCCCAACAUGAAAGCUGUGGAACACAAACACAACGUCGAGCUUCAGAAAGUCAAAGAAAUGGCAGCUGCUGGUGAAAAACUGAGACGGGACCGUUGGAUCGACACCAAGACACAAAAAAUCAAAAAACUGACCGUUAAAAGCAUUGAACCCGAAUAGCAAAGUAUGGAAAAGCGCCAACAACAAGAACUUGCUGAUUUGCGCUCGUUACACAAGCGGGAAAUUGAAGAUUUGGAGCUUAAAGCAGCUCGAAAAAUGCAAGAACAGUGCGAAGCGCUUCGAGUCCAACUUGUGAAAGAACGUGAAAAGGCCUUGGCCCACAAACGCGAAAUUAUGAGGCAAAGAUACGAGAAACUUGUCGAAUCGGAAAAAAAAGGUUUCCAGGAACAGAGAAGAAGACUACUUGCUGAUCACCAAGCAAGAGUUGCUGAAUGCGAGCAAAGGGAAGCUUUAGCUUUGAGCGAGAAAGAUAAAGCGAUAAAGCAAGCUCAAGAUGAUUUUGAAGAAAGGUUGCAAAUUGUUAUCAGGAGACACGCUAAUGAGAUAAAGUUGAUCAAAGAAACGGCCAGUUUAGAGAUGGAAACCUGGCAGAAUAAUUACAAGAAGCAACAAACAGCUCAGUUGGUUGAGAAAGAAAGCAUCAUACGAGAACAAUGUCGCAAGGAACGGGACAGAGAGAUUGAGGCGGUGAUUGAACGACUGGAAAAAGAAGCAAGUGAUAAUACAGAUUGAGCAGUCAAGUGAAAAUCAGAUUAGACGGCUU